AUGGGAAAAGGAAGCAACGCUUGUAAAAGGAAUCAAGCAAGGGAGAGGAAGAAUGUGGAAGUGAAAGCGGCAAAGUCUCAGCUGAAAGCGAACAAAGACGCUCUAAGUGUGAUUUGCAAAGUGUGUUAUACUGUAUUUAUGCAGACACAGAGCAUUGCACAGUUAGCGGAACAUGCACAGAAUAAACACAACAAGGAUGUGAAGGAGUGCUUUCCUGAUAAAUUUUAA